AUCUUCGACAAGAGCUGAGUGUAAAGGAAAAGGAUGAACCCGGGCCAGACAAUGAUAAAGCCCUGCAGCAACAUCACCAAAAGUUACAUCUUCAGCCUCCUCAAAAGCAAGAACCAUCAACAGCUCCUGAGGAAAACAUAGAUUCCAAUAAGCUUAUGUCUAACACACAGCUCUCAGAGUCUGUGCCAACUACACCUGUAAUAUCACAUCCCCUGCACAACAUGAAUCAUGGAAAUGUGCCUAUGACUCCUUCUGCUAGGAUAUCUGCCCUCAAUAUUGUUGGUGACCUUUUAAGAAAAGUUGGGACAGAAGCAGCUGACAUACGGUCACCCCAUUCGCACCACUGUGACUCCUGCAUAGAGCACCCCUGCCCUCAGGUGGAUUCUUCACACACAAGUGAGACAGCAGCUGAACUCCAGAAAAGGUCUCAAAUAUCAAAACAGUGUUCUUGUACUUUGAGAAAGAGUCAUUCUAUGAAGGAAUUAAUGGCGUUUGGAAUUUCCAGAGUGACUAAUGACGUGGAUAGCAAAUUUUGUGAUUCAAAUAAAAUCUGUGAAGUUUCUGAUUUGAGACCACGAAAGCUUGGAAGGCAGCAAAGUCAAUACAAUUUUAUUUAUAACACUUACCAUCUGUCUGCAACAAAAGAUGAAUAUUUUUUUUAAAAGCCUUAAUCAUUUUAAGUUGUAUUUGUUUUGUGUAUAAGAAAAGUUGUUCUCCAGGAGGUUUCUGUAAAUAUAUAGGCUUAUUUUUGGAAAUUGAUGGAUUAUUCAUUAUCUUUUUAAGAUGUGAGUGAUGGAAGUAUGCAUCUUUGGACAUGAACAUUGCUGUUGCACAUCUUAGAUCUGCUUUUACUUCUACAAUAAAUUGCUUGUAGUAUAUUGGGUGCUCCAGUUUUAAUGCCAACCUUGAAAAAUAACAGCUAUCAGAUUCUAACUUUCACUAUUAAUAUGUAUAAAUGAUAAUGAAUAAUGAAGGUGGACACCAGGCAGGAGGUGUUCACCAACAAGAUAUAAUGAAAGCGAACACCAGGCAGAAGAUUUUCACCAACAAGUGGUAAUGAAGAUGUACACCAGGCAGGAGAUGUUCACCGAACAGCAGCAGCACAUUGUUAGUGAUGUAUUUCACUCAUUGUUGUCACACAUUGUGAUGAUACAAGUGCCCCCACUUCUUCCACACACAAAAAAUAAGUAGUUACAGUGUGAUGGAAAAGACAUUUAGAUAUGCCAUCUUUUAUUUAUCACCCUCCAUAAUAUUUGGAAGUGGUAUACAGCAUCUUGUAAGAUUAUGUACCAUAUGAAUUGUGCUUUACAUUCACCUUUUUUAUGUAUGCCAUUGAUGUAAGUAAAAGAACAUUUUCUGCAAGCUAUGACUGAAUGAUAGUGCCAGUCAUUCUAGAGAUAUUCACUGGAAGUUGCUCCUGUAUACGAAGACCAUCUAGAAUACACGUACCCGCAAAUUUGAUUUUCAGUAUAUAUAUUUUUUUUUAUUGUCAGCAAGUAUUUUAUUUUUUCCAACAGCACAAAUAUAUAUAUAUAUAUAUAUAUAUAUAUAUAUAUAUAUAUAUAUAUAUAUAUAUAUAUAUAUAUAACCAAGGAACUGUUAAGAUAAUUAUAUUAAUGGAGGUAAUGAUAGAAAUUAUCAGGUAAAAUUAUAUCAGGAAUUAUAUUUCAAAAACAUUAUCAAUGCCCCAUCUUCCAUUUUGAACUGUCAAAUUCAACUACUGUAUGUAAAUAUUAUGCUCAUUCUUUUCCUAGACCCAUCACAGUUAUACCAUCUGUCAUUUUACCAUAACUUCAUGCUUGACUGAAGCUUCAGAAGUUAACUAUACAAUGUUGUAAGUAUAAACAUAAAUUGCAUGGUUGAAAUCUGUAAAUUAAGAUUGGUCAUAUUUCUCCAGCAAAUGAUUCAUAAUUGCAAAAAUCUAACAUGAAAUUGACAAGUUAGAUGUAAAGCCAUAUGACUGUGCACAUUUUAAAGUUUGAGGGUUCAAACCUAUAGUCAUGAUCAGUCUGGGCAUAUUGUCUCGACUUAGUGGAAAUGUCAGCUUUAAUCAUGAUUGUUAUGAUUUCUAAACCAACCUAGUUUCUGUUCAAAUGCUUUGAUAUGGCAGAAUCAUAAUUUGAUUUUAUCAUUUGUUCCAUACAUAUUCAUUAUAAAAAAUGUAUCAUAAAUUAAAUCUUAGUGCAGUGUAUUGGAUAUUAUUUUCAGUCAUAAUACAUGUACUGUACUGAAAUUUGAUGGUAUUAGACAGUAUGAAAUUACCUUAAAACUUUGAUAUUGAAAGCUGGAUAUGUACAUUUAUAUGCAAAUUUUGCAUUAAGAUUGGUUUCUAUUCUCAUUAAAAUUUGGCAAAAAUU